UACAGCAAUGGCGGCUUGGCCCACAUUGUUUGGAGUUGUAAUAGGAGCCUUACUCCUAUUGGUCCUCCCUCGAAUCUCACAGGCCCAAACUUUCUCCUUCCCCUUCUGGAAACCAGAGAAGUGCGGCCACAACCAGUACUAUGAUAUUUCCGAGCUUUCCUGUGUCCCGUGUGGUGCCAACCAAAAGCCGGGCGUCCGAGGAACUUCAUGUGUUUGUCUACCAGGAUAUCAGAUGAUCUCUAAUAAUGGAGGACCCAGUAUCAGUUGUAAGAAAUGCCCAGAAAACAUGAAAGGUGUUACUGAAGAUGGCUGGAACUGCAUUACUUGUCCUGGUGGUUUAACUGCAGAAGGAAAAUGCCACUGUCCCACUGGUCAUAUUUUAGUGGAAAGAGAUGCCAAUGGAACAUUGCUGUCUCGAGCAACUUGUAAACUCUGUGAUGGAAACGAAAAUGCUUUUACAGUAGCAAAUACUUUGGGAAACAGGUGUGUCCAUUGUGAACCUACAUUCAUUAAUACCACCAGGUCCUGUACGUGUUUGGAACCUAACAUAUUAAUUGGGGGAUUAUGCUUCAGCAACACAGGGAAUUUUCCUCUACGUAGAAUUUCAGCUGCCCGUUAUGGAGACCUUGGUGUGUCUUUUACUUCAGAAUGGUUCACAAAAUAUUUGCAGUCAUCAGCAGCUGCUUGUUGGGUAUAUGCCAAUCAAACAUCUUGUCAAGCUCUUGGAAAUAUUUGUGUGAUGAACAUGAAUUCCUAUGAGUCUUCCAUUUUUGAUGCAUGUCGAGUGUUCCAGUUUAUCUUUGAAAAUACUGCUAGACUGCACACUGUUCACUCUGUUUCAUUUUGGAGACAGAAUCUCCCAUGGCUCUUCUAUGGUGACCAGCUGGGAUUAGCACCUCAAGUACUCAGUACUACACCUCUGCCUACAAAUUUCAGUUUCAAAGGGGAAAACCAGAAUACAAAAUUGAAUUUUGUUGCUGCUUCUUAUGAUGUAAGAGGAAAUUUUCUGAAGUGGCAAACUUUAGAAGGAGGUGUUUUACAGCUCUGUCCAGAUACAGAGACAAGAUUAAAUUCUGCUUAUACUUUUGGAACAACUUAUCAACAAAAUUGUGAGAUUCCUGUCGCCAAAAUUUUAGCUGACUUUCCCACGCCAGUGUUUUAUGAUAUUUACUUUGAAUAUACAGACGAAAAUCAACAACGCUAUAUCUGGGCUGUGCCUGUGUUAAACCGAAAUCUUCAACAUAAUAAAAUGUUUGUGAACCAAGACAGUAGCUCUAGCAAGUGGCUUCUGACUCGGCGCAUUUUUCUAGUGGAUACACUCAGUGGACGAGAAAAUGACUUAGAAAGUCAGCCAAGAGUAAUUCGAAUUGCUACCCAAAUAACACUGAGCAUCCAACUUGUACCUAACACGAAAAGUGGAAACAUCUACCCUCCUUUAAUUACCAUAGCCUACAGUGACAUUGAUGUCAAAGAUCCCACUAGCCAGUAUGUGAAGGUUUCUUUUUCAGUCACAUAUGAAAUGAACCAAGGAGAAGCAUAUGUCCAGACAGACAUUGCUUUGGGUGUGCUGGGUGGACUAGCAGUUUUAUCAUCUCUUUUGAGGACUGCAGGAUGGAAGAGGCGCAUUGGGAGUCCCAUGAUUGAUUUGCAGACAGUCUUGAAAUUCUUGGUAUUCUAUGCAGGAGACCUGGCCAAUGUUUUCUUUAUCAUCACAGUGGGGACAGGUCUCUACUGGCUGAUUUUCUUCAAGGCCCAGAAGUCCAUUUCUGUUUUACUACCAGUACCAAUUCAGGAAGAACGUUUUGUUACUUAUGUGGGAUGUGCUUUUGCUUUGAAGGCGCUGCAAUUUUUGCAUAAAUUCAUAUCCCAGAUUACCAUAGACAUAUUCUUUAUUGAUUGGGAACGACCUAAAGGAAAGAUUCUUAAAGCUGUUGAAGGUGAGGGUGGUGUUCGUAGUGCUACUGUUCCCAUAAGCAUAUGGAGAACAUAUUUUGUAGCCAAUGAAUGGAAUGAAAUUCAAAGUGUGAGAAAAAUUAAUCCUCUCUUUCAAGUCCUUACUGUUCUCUUCCUUUUGGAGGUCGUAGGAUUCAAGAACUUGGCACUAAUGGACUCAUCUUCUAGUCUUUCCAGGAGCCCAGCUAGCUACAUAGCUCCAAAUAGCCGCAUUUUGAGAUAUGCAGUAUCUACUGCUCUUUGGUUAGUCAUUGGAGUUACACAGAUUGUGUUCUUCACUGUUUUUUAUGAGAGAUUUAUAGAAGAUAAAAUUCGACAGUUUGUUGAUUUAUGCUGUAUGAGCAAUAUAUCAGUGUUCCUGUUAUCCCAUAGAUGUUUUGGAUAUUACAUUCAUGGUAGAUCAGUACAUGGACAUGCAGAUACUAAUAUGGAAGAAAUGAAUAUGAAUCUUAAAAGAGAAGCGGAAAAUUUAUGUAGCCAGAGAGGUCUGGUACCCAACACAGAUGGUCAGACUUUUCAAAUUGCUAUCUCAAGCCAGAUGAGACAACACUAUGACAGAAUUCAUGAAACACUAACAAGGAAAAAUGGCCCUGCUAGACUAUUGAGUUCUUCAGCAAGUACUUUUGAACAAAGUAUAAAAGCCUACCAUACAAUGAAUAAAUUUCUUGGCUCUUUCAUUGACCAUGUUCAUAAAGAAAUGGAUUACUUCAUAAGAGAUAAAUUACUUCUUGAAAGAAUUCUUGGAAUAGAAUUUAUGGAACCAAUGGAAAAAAGCAUCUUUUACAAUGAUGAAAGUUACUCUUUCAGCAAUGUUCUUUAUUAUGGAAAUGAAGCCACUCUUCUUAUUUUUGAUCUGCUGUUCUUCUGUGUUGUGGAUUUAGCUUGCCAAAAUUUUAUUUUAGCAGCCUGCCUGACUUACCUACAACAAGAGAUUUUUAGAUUUAUUCGUAACACAAUAGGACAGAAGAAUUUGGCAUCAAAAACAUUGGUGGAUCAAAGAUUUCUAAUUUAAUGUAUUGAAUUGAUUAUUUAAAGUCAUACUGCAAUUAUGGCAAAAUGUCUUGUUUUAUUUAACAGGUUACUUUGUCAUAUUUUUAAAAAAAUUCAUUUUUGUAUUUGUUAAUCUACAGAAACAUUUAUUUUUAUAACUUGUGGAUAUACAAAUUGUUUUGUGAAUAUAUUAUGUGUUGUAGUAGAAAUAUUUCCUAUUACAUAUGACAUUUAAUUUGCUAACUCAUAAAUUGCAUAAGCACUGACAAUGGAGAAGAAAAAAAAAGUUGCUUUCAGGAUUGAAAACAGUCCCCAUCAGUUGUCUCUGUUUUAUAAAUGAGUUUUCCUAUCUUCCUUCACAUUAACAAAACUGUGUGCCUUCAAGUUCAAACCCAGUUUUCAAUUUUUUCCUUGAUCUGCACAUACUAUACUUAAUAAAUAUUACAAAUGUAUUUCAGGUUUGCUUAGAAAAAUUUUAAACUCUAUGAUGACUGACUUAGUAUUCCUUAUUUGAGUUGUUCAUCCUGGCUGGCAGUGAACUCAUUUGUGGAUUACUAGGCACCUUAUAAGAUGAUACAUAUUCAUUCCUUUGCAAACCUGUGUUCCUGGGUCAGUGUACUCUGUCCAUGGAGUCAGUAUGUUUAUAUUUCUGAUGUCAUUUAUACUUAUAAAUUAUGAUGUGUGCCAUUUACUCCAAUAUAGUUUUUCAUACAUUUUUUGUAAAAGAUUUUAUUUAUUAAUGAGAAAGGAGAGAGAAAAAGAACCAGACAUCACUCUGGUACAUGUACUGUCCGGGACUGAAUUUAGGACCUCAUGCUUGAGAAUCCAAUGCUUUAUCAAACACUGUGCCACUUUUUGGACCACAGUUUUUCAUACAUUUUUAGUUAACAUUUCAUGUAUCUGCCUUCAAUUAUGUUUAAAAAUUGUAAAUACCAAUGAAUUGUACAUUUACCACUUUAUAUUGACAUAGUAGUUUUAUUUAGUUUUUGAUUGUUUCUAGGGGUCUGGGCUGACUUUUUCCUAGAGACAGAAGAGACACCACAGCACUGAAGCUUCUCACAAUCCCAUGGGGCCAGGACCUGAGCUUGGGUUGCAUGCAUGGCUGCUCAGGUGUACUUGCAAGUGAGCUAUCUCCACCAGUCAUAGUAAAGACGAUGAAAGUUUUUGAAAUCAAAGUUUGGGCUCAAUGCCUACAUGAUGAAUCCACCUCUCCCAGCUUCCUUCCUCUCCUCUCCUCUCCCCUCCUCUCCCCACCUCUCCCCUCUUCUCCCCUCCCCUCCCCUCCUCUCCUCUCCCCUCCCCUCCUCUCCCCUCCCCUCCUCUCCUCUCCCCUCCUCUCCUCUCCCCUCCCCUCCUCUCCCCUCCCCUCCUCUCCUCUCCUCUCCCCUCCUCUCCCCUCCUCUCCUCCUC